AUGGCUCUCGCGGGCACUUCCAUUAUUCCCACCAAUUCCAACUCCUUCCUUCAAACCCAAGCUCUUCCAUCUUCGACCUCCAAAUCCCACCAACCCUAUCUUCUCACCAACCCCACCAAAUCCGCAUCUUUCCGACCCAUCUCUGCCGUUCAUUCCGCUGAUCCCUCCAAGAAUCCCGUCGUCUCCGAUAAGUCCCCGAAGGCCCCCGCCGCCGCUGCCUCCUCUGCAGCCACCACUGCCUCUACCACUAAAGUCUCUGGUGCUGUUCCUGGCAAAUGGAGCAUAGAAAGCUGGAAAUCCAAGAAGGCUUUGCAGCUCCCAGAAUAUCCGGAUCCGGAGGAUCUGGAGUCGGUUCUUCGUACCCUGGAAGCGUUCCCUCCCAUUGUGUUCGCCGGAGAAGCCAGGAGCUUGGAGGAACGCCUUGCGGAAGCCGCCAUGGGAAAUGCUUUUCUCUUGCAGGGUGGUGAUUGUGCCGAGAGUUUUAAGGAGUUCAAUGCCAACAACAUUCGUGACACCUUCAGAAUUCUUCUUCAAAUGGGCGCUGUUUUGAUGUUCGGAGGGCAAGUUCCCGUAAUCAAGGUCGGAAGAAUGGCGGGUCAGUUUGCGAAGCCGAGGUCAGAAUCGUUCGAGGAGAAGAAUGGCGUGAAGCUGCCGAGUUACAGAGGUGAUAAUGUGAAUGGAGAUGCGUUCGAUGUCAAAUCGAGGACUCCGGACCCUCAGAGGAUGAUCAGAGCUUAUUGCCAAGCUGCAGCUACCCUCAAUCUCUUGAGGGCUUUCGCCACCGGAGGGUAUGCUUCUAUGCAGAGGGUGACCCAGUGGAAUUUGGAUUUCACAGAGCACAGUGAGCAGGGAGAUAGGUAUCGGGAACUAGCACACCGUGUUGAUGAAGCCCUUGGUUUCAUGGCUGCUGCUGGGCUCACAGUUGACCAUCCUAUUAUGACAACAACUGAGUUCUGGACAUCCCAUGAGUGCUUGCUCUUGCCUUUCGAGCAGUCGCUUACUAGGGAGGAUUCAACUUCUGGUCUUUACUAUGACUGCUCUGCACACAUGCUUUGGGUUGGAGAACGCACCCGACAGCUGGAUGGUGCCCAUGUUGAGUUCUUAAGAGGAGUUGCUAAUCCCCUGGGCAUUAAGGUGAGCGAUAAGAUGGACCCAAAUGAGUUGGUUAAGCUGAUUGAGAUUUUGAAUCCUCAGAACAAAGCGGGUAGGAUAACGGUAAUCACAAGAAUGGGAGCUGAGAACAUGAGAGUGAAGCUUCCACACCUAAUUCGGGCAAUUCGCAGGGCAGGGCAAAUUGUCACAUGGGUCAGUGAUCCUAUGCAUGGAAACACCAUCAAGGCUCCCUGUGGUCUCAAAACUCGCCCCUUCGAUGCCAUCAGGGCCGAAGUAAGAGCAUUCUUUGACGUGCAUGAGCAAGAAGGAAGCCACCCGGGAGGAGUUCAUCUAGAGAUGACAGGCCAAAAUGUGACAGAGUGUAUUGGUGGGUCACGAACUGUGACAUUUGAUGAUUUGAGCUCACGCUACCACACCCAUUGUGACCCUAGGCUCAAUGCUUCUCAGUCUCUUGAGCUCGCUUUCAUUAUUGCAGAGCGCCUUAGGAAGAGAAGGAUUGGAUCCCAGCUGUCUCUGAACACCAUGGGGCUGUAA